AAAGCAUGUUUUUUCUGUGCUGUUGCAUAUUUCAUGAACCUUCUCAGUGUCGAAUUACUGUCAGGAUACAGACCCUUCACUAAAUAACAGCUUGAACUAAAAAAAGCUUUUAUUUUGUUGUUGCUAUUAAUGUUUUAUUUGUCCUGUUGAGCCCACCUGAGAAGUUAACUUUAGUACUAACAUCAGAACAAUUUUCCCACAGCCGAGCCUAGAUGAAAUGAGAGAGCGAUACUGCUGUCAAAUGUGCCGUAGCAGUUAACGAACAGGAAGUUAAAGAGGGCAGGCUUUGCUUUGAGCCCACUGGGCUGGUGGAGUGAAGAGUGGGCUUGACUUUCCUGUGUAGGUGCUUGUUGCCAUGACGAUAGAGCAACCCCCGAGUCACUGCAGCUAAGAGUUGUGGCGCCUGCCUUUAACACCUUCAACUUCUGCUCUCAAAACAAGUAUGACAUCAGUAUGACAUCAGAAGAACAUACAUAAUGUUAAAGCUUACGUGUGUUCAAAUCAACACACCGUGAGCUAUUUUUUAAAGGGGAAUUACACCUUUUAAAAUGCUCUGCAUAAUUAAAUCAUUUAGAUAUAAACAAAGUCAUUUAGAGUGGUGAUGGGAAAUGCUCCAUUAUAGAGAAACUUACAGAGUCAGAAUUGUUCACAGUGGUGGUGAUAGGAACCAUAUGUCCCUCACAGAAAGCUGUUUCAUGAAAUGGUUAUUAAUAUAUUGUCUGAUACCUAAGUCAUUGUUUUCUGAUAGUUUUGCAAUAAGCUUCUGGUACUUUUAAAAUGAUGGCAGAGAAGUACAUGCACAGCGUUGUGCAGCAAACAGUACCAAAGAAAACAAAUUAUAUACUGUCAAACUGUCAAAACCUUGUAUCUCCAAAAUAGUAACUUCACAAGAGAAGAAAAAACAUUCUUAACUUGUAAUGGAAGUUAAUAUAACAGGACUUGUUAAUGACCUUUUCUGUUGGUUCAUUCAUUCAUUCAUGACAUUUUAACCCAAUGCAAAGGGUAUCUAGAGUUUUCUAAUUAUGCAAAAAGUAGAAAAAAAGAUGAAACAACAACACAGACGAUGUGUGUCAGUUCACUGGUUGUUCUGGAGUAAAAUCACUACCUCUGUGUUGUGGACAUCAUGACUGAGUGCAAUUUUAAUUUGAGUCUAUAUUAUCAAGUUUUAAGUGGGAAGGUUUAACCUAAUAACACAGAGCCUGUGAACUGCUUGUAGAAAGUUAGACCAAUCAGAAGCAACCAAACAACCAUGUGCUGUGACAUCAAAACCACAAGAAGACAGAAAAAGUGGAAAUGCUGGUGGUCUAAAAAAAACCUUGACUUCAAUUUAUGAAAAAACGAUCACAAUUGAAAUCGCAGUCACAAUACUGGUCAGAAAGCCCACAGAGUUGUGUUCUGAUUACAGUCUGAGUCAGAGAUGCCUUGUUCUGGUUACUGACACAAAAUGUGUUAAAACUGAUUCAACACGAAAAGCUAAUUAACACCUAAUUUUUGACUUCUGUCAGUGGUCUGUUUGCUCGUGUGUUGUCAGAUUUUAACCCAUUUGAACAUCUCUGCUCAUCGCAGCCCACUAUUUAUAAAUGUCAGAUUACGUCACAGCCCACCCUGUAUGAAUACAGUAUGAGUUGUAAAAUUACAGUUUGUGUAAAAUUACAAACCUCAGUUUGUGUCAGAUGGACUUCUGGGGGAAUUCAACCACACUGUUUGGUCGUGUGUGUGGGGGAGUUUCCAUCUACUGUAGGUCUCUGCUGUAGGCAGAGGGAAACCUCCGGUGUCGUAUUACACUGUGUGAGGGGAAGUGAGGGUGCGUGUGUGUGUAUGACUAGUGUUCAUCACCUCUCAGUUUCACUCUCGCUGUCUUUAGUGUUGGAGUGUGUUGAUUCACGGCUCUCUGUCUUUCUGUCGUUUGUGUGAAAUCAUUUACAAAGGCUGUCACAGCAUUACACCACUUCACUCCAACUGACUUCAACUUAAGAGAGAGUGAUGAAAGGACUACAGCUAGACGAUUCCGCAAGUCGCUUUCGAUUUGCUCAGUCAUGUUUGGGCCUGGCGGGCUGCUUGUGUAUCAGCUACGCUGUCUGGACGCCUCACUGGCUGGACGAGAGGGGACUAUGGGUGAAUAGGAAUGAGUCCAGUCCAGAUGAUAGUUGGGCAGCGGGACAGGGCAUUGAAGGUCUGGGGGCUCAGAGGGUCUUUGCUGCGCUUUCUUUCCUCAUGGCCAUGAGCUCAGGAGUUCUGUGCCUGAUCUUUGCUUUCUGCUGGACGUCUCGGACAGUGCGCUCUUACUCCAACACACGCUCUCUGCUGAUGACAGGGCAGGCGCUCUACCCCACCACCCUGCUACUCAUCACACUCGCCCCUACAGGGUUCUUCUUUCUUCUAAGCUGGGCGCUCUUUACCAAUCAGCACAUUGCCGAAAUCCAGGACAACAUCACGCGCCUGGGUUCCUCCUAUUGGCUGGGCGUGGUGGGCUGGGCUCUGCUGUUGGCCGUCCUGCCGGUUGUGUUUCUAGUGGAGCAGUGUGUGGUGCCGGACGCCCUGCCUGAGAUGAUGAGAGUAGCUGAGACGUGGUGGAAAGCCCCCGAGGUGGCGUACACUCACUCAUUCAGCGAGAGCUGCUACUACAAGGGGGCAAAAUUUGACGAGUUCAAGAGGCACCUGUCAGUGCCCUGAGGACGACUGUAGAUACACAGGAUGAGUCAAAUAUUGCUACUGUCUCAAUAUCUGCACCCUCCAUCAGCCAGUGGAAGGACUGAGCAGCAGAGGAAGCUUCUAGAAGCCCAGAAGGCUGUGGAUGGGUUAUUGCACCUUAGCCAGGAUCUGUCAGGCCUCGCAGCCUGAAGAACAAAUGGACUGAAAUUCAUUGAUGGACGGACAUUAAAGGACUGUUCUUUUCCUAAUAAUUUCUUUCAAACUAAUAUUGUAAACUACAACACAUUAAAGACUAAAAAUACUAAAUGUUUGCCACCAUCAGUGAGCUAAGACUGCACUGCUGUAAGUUGCUGGUGCAUGGUGAAAACCCCUGUUGUUAUGUUGGAUCAUUUCCAACCUGCAUUCUGAAGUUAAUGCAGCCAUAGUCUGAGGUGCAAAUUUGUACUAUGAUUAGCCUGCAUACAUUUAAGGCUACGAAUUCAUGUGAGCAAGGUUCAUGUGAGGACAGAUGAUUUAUUUUUGUUGUAACAGCACCCUCAUGUGGUCAAUCUGUGUUACAACAAUCGCUUAUGUACCUACAAACAUUAAAGGUGCUCAUACUCUUACCGGAUCAGCUCAGACUGUGCUUAGAUUAAGGUAUGGUAUUAUACUGUUCUGUGUAUAUACUGUAUAUACUGUGUAUAUAUGUACACAAUUCAACAGCAAGCCAAACUCCAUUCAAACAAAUACAUGGGAGUCAGGAUAGCCUCCAAGCUCCAGUGCUUUUUGCCAUGUAUAGCUAAAUUGAGAUUAAGGUUCAGUCUUUCUCAUGAGCAGGAUGACCCCAGACACAGGUUCACAUGAUGAACUUGCAGCGUAUACUGUCAUAGUGGUUCCAAAACUGGUUUGCCAGGCUCUGAACUUGGUGCCACUGUUGUUUGUACAAAUCUUUUCCUGUGAAGUCUUUUCCUGUGAAGUUUAUUGUGUUUAUGAAGGCUGAAUGUUUGCCUUCUGGGUGAGUAGCAUUGCUGGGGUAAGUAUCAGUGGUUAGUACAUCUGUGGAAACAGAAACAAGCAGUCUUAAGUUAAUGAUAGCUGACACUUCUGCCAUAAGCAUGCAUAGAACUUCAUGGGGGAGGCUGGAGGACUUGGUGCAUGUCAGCAUAAAAUCCAAGAUUCUGUGUGCAAAACUAGUCAUCCGUUCCCGUACUCCUCCCACGUGUGAAGAGUGUGGUGGUCUGAGUGCAGCCUUGACUGUUGACACAUCUCGGAACCAUCAACUCAU